AUGUUUUUCCACAAAUCUCUUCUAUUGGCUACCGCCAGUCUCUCCCUUUUCUUCUGCGAGUUCUCAUUCACCUCUGCCAGUCCGAUCAACGUCGAGCAGCGAGGUCUGCAACGUCAGAGCGUCGAGACCUCGCUUGAUGUUAGAGAUGACCUUAUCCUAGGUCGCGGUCAUCAACGUAAGCGCGAUCUGCGCUUCAGCGAUGGCGACGAAUCUCACGUAGACAAGUCCGCUGAUGCUCGAAGUGACAGCGGUCGCCUCGGCAAGUUAGACUCAAGGCACGGCGGCGUUGAUCUGAAUAUCAUCGGUCAUCCUCGACUGGAUCGUCGCGACAAGUGUAUUUCUGACUGUCCGCAUGCGGGAGAUCCAAACGGAGGUCCGGAUCCAGGCCAUCCUCACGUUUCCAAGCGUGAUAACGGAAUCGAUGCAGACUCGCCCGAACAAAUCUCCCGUCCCGGCUGGCCUCGCAAUGGCAUCCCAUAUCCGCCGUGGGGUCACACUCACGUUGUCCAGCGCGAUCACGGUCUCGGUUGGCAAGGCCCAGGCGGAACCUUUCGGCCUGGAUGGCCCCCUCGUGACAUUCCGCCUCCGCCCAUGACCAAUUGCCAAGAGGUGGGUCAACGCCCCCCGGCUUCGAGUAAGAUUGGUCGAGACUCCAUUGAGAAACGCAACGACAUUUCUCAUGCUUUGCGCAGGAGAGCUGAUGGCGUUUCAGGUGACGUGUCGACUUCCGACACCACCAUUGCUACUUCCAAGCCUGAUCUGUCCAAGAUCGGCAUCGGCAAAGGCGGUGCUCAUCGGGGUGUUCCGAGGUUUCACGGUGGCGAAGCUCCCUUGCCUAGCUUUCCCUCGCCUCCGAGUCCUCCACACCACCCUCCGAUCAGUAGUGUUGGAGCUGUUCCCGAUUCCGUCCAUGACCAGAACGUUCGUUUCAGCGGCCCCAGGCCCUUCGAGAGGUUGCCAACGAGGCACCUAGGGCAGUUCGAAAAGCGUUCUCCUUUGCAGCUCUCUGACGAUGAAGGCAGCCUGCCUGAUGCUCUUCAUGGUGCGUGGAACGACUCUGAACACGAAGUAUCGUCUGGAUCCAACCCGAACUCGAACGUGGGGGGAUCAGGAAAAAACGUAGAUCCGCUCACUACACAGCUCCUUCAGAACCCAAAGCAGCCGUACCUUCGAGGCUGCACUCGCUUCGGAGAGUGCAACGGCGCGCAUGAACUUUCGGAGCCUGCAGACCGAAUUGGUGAAACCGAUUCGUUGGUGGAAGAGCCUCCUAGCUUCGCUCCCAGGCACAAGCAAGAUCUCAAGCAUCACUCCUUGGAGCUCACGAGGCGUUACUACGGGGAAAACGGGGAUAUUUCCGCGCGCGAACAUGAGCCAAAGCUACUUGAGGCUAGGUCCAAGAUGAUGCCCACUCUCUUCACGAGAGACCAUGUCGACCAGACCAGCCAGAAACCGGUCUUGAUCACGUCUUCGGUUCAGCAUCAUCCGGCCGACAUUCAGGUUUUCGGAAUCUGUACUUGCAAUGGCAGCACUGAGGUGCAGAAGCCGGACACCAAAGUCAAUUGCCUCUCUGAGUUCCUCAACAGUGCUAAGAAGACGGCCAAGUGUAGUUUCACAGCAUCUGACAAGGUCACCUGCGUCGAAGAGGGAGGCAAGGACGAUAUGUCGGGCGGUGAUAACGUGUGGUGGCAGAUAGCUUUCUGCAAGAGGUGCCAGGAUGCAGGUGGCACGAGCGAUCCAAAGUUCAAGUGCCAUUGA